CAAAGACAGCCGCUCAGAAAAAUCUGUAACUAUUCACCCUGCUCCUGCAGACCCAUUGCUGGGUGACGCCACUGUUCAAACCGAGCAGGUCCAGGUAGGACAGAACAUAUCAGAGAAUCACUUAUCCCACAACCCUCUUGUACUUCAUCUUUCUUAAAUUACCAAAGCCUCAUUGUUAGAGCCUCAAUGUCCGAACAGUGUCAGUAACACUCUCUCAUUUUGAAAAGGUAUGGCUUUCAAGAGACUUAGCACAAGUUAAUGUGAAGUGACAUGGUAAAUGUGCUUAUCGGCGUUACGACAGUCCAUCUGCUAUUUCACUCCAAACACUAGAGGGGACUGGUCCACUUGUGGCUACAAACAACCGGGUUGAUAAAUGUUUGCACAAAUAUGCCUAUUGUAGCAAGCUGCCUAGUUGGUCUCCAGACGUAUGGUUUGUCAUUUAGUAGAGAAACACAUGUUAAUCCUUGGGAAGGAGUCCUUCAGUUGGUCGUAAACGUUUCUUUGGCCCCCACCACAAAUGGACCAGGCCAAGCUGCUUAGUUGAUACAACUCAAACUCUAUACUCAGUCAUCAUGCAUGUCAAUAGAAGAUGAACCCAUGCAUUAUAUAAUGGAUUGUAUGAUAAAUGACAAAUAUAAGGAUGACAACUGGGGUGAGACCACCACGGCCGUGACUGGCACGUCGGAACACAGCCUUUCUCAGGAAGACAUUGUGCGCAUCACCAAGGACCUGGAGGACAGUGUGGGGCUUGACUGCCGCCGCUAUUUUACGCUCAUCCUUGCAGUGAUCCUGGGCCUCCUGGUCUUUUUCUCACCGCUGGCCUUCAUGGUCCUCCCGCACCUGCUCUGGCCAGAGAAGCUGCAGAGCUGUGGCACGGCCUGUGAAGGCCUCUUCAUCUCUGUGGCCUUUAAAUUGCUCAUCCUGCUGCUUGCUGUUUGGGCCCUCUUCUUCCGGCCACCACGAGCCAGCCUCCCGCGCCUCUUUGUAUUCCGGGCUCUGCUUGCUGUUCUGGUGCUGCUCUUUGUGGUCUCCUACUGGUUGUUCUAUGGCGUGAGGAUACUAGAUUCGCAGGAUGAAAACUACCAGGGGAUCGUGCAAUAUGCUGUGUCACUGGUGGACGCGCUACUCUUCAUUCACUACCUGGCCAUCGUGCUGCUGGAGUUAAGGCAGCUUCAGCCCUACUACUCUGUGUGUGUCACACGUUCCACAGACGGCGAGACCAGACACUACAACUUGGGACAACUCAGUAUUCAGCGGGCAGCACUGACCAUAUUGGAACACUACUAUUGUGACUUCGCCAUCCAUAACCCAGCUUUGCUGUCCGCCUCCAAGUCGCGCACCGCCAAGCACCUGGCUGGUCUCAAGGUGUACAACGUGGAUGGGGACUUUCCAGCAGCCCCUGCUGAAGGUCCAGAGAACAAUGCAGCCACAGGGCUGGCACAUUCCCAGUCCAGAGCCAUGAUCGCAGCUGCCGCCCAUUGCCGGGACUCCAGCCACAACGAACUCUACUACGAGGAGGCCGAGCAUGAGAGGCGCGUCCGCAAACGUAGAGCACGACUGGUGGUUGCUGUAGAAGAGGCCUUCACUCAUAUAAAGCACAUGAAGGAGGAGGAGCAGAAGAAAGCUCCAGGAGAUGUGAUGGAUCCGCGAGAGGCAGCACAAGCCAUCUUCCCAUCCAUGGCACGGGCCCUGCAGAAGUACUUGAGGACAACCAAACAGCAGCACUGCCAUAGCAUGGAGAGCAUCCAGCAGCACCUGGCUUUCUGCAUCAGCAACAACAUGUCACCUAAGGCCUUCCUGGAGAGUUACCUGAAGCCAGGUCCUACUUUGCAGUACAGCCGGAACCACUGGUUGGCCCGUCAGUGGACGCUGGUCAGUGAGGCGUCAGUCACCAGUGGCCUGAGAGAUGGCACCGUCUUCGUUCUUAAAUGUGCAGACUUCAGCUUGGUGAUGACCGUCAAGAAGAUCCCCUACAUCCGCAUGUCAGAGGAGUACAUUGACCCAAAGUCCCACAAGUUUGUCCUGCGAUUACAAUCGGAGACCUCCGUCUAGGUCUUUUUUAUAGGUUAUUUUUACCUGUCUUUUUUUAUGGAUCAAUAUAUCGCACACAUUUUUUCAAGUUUUUGGAAUGUUUAUGAUGGCUUGUACAUGUGGAGUAAAAUUUUCAGUAUAUGCUCUGCUUGUGAUGCUGAAUCAGAAGCAAAGUUCUGUCCAUUGUUUGGACAGAAUAACGGUGGGAAUGGAUCUGCAUUUCCUAACUUCUCUCGAAUGAUGAAAAAGUAUAGAUACAAUCAGACUCAUUUUGGAGUGUCAAUCAAGGACCAAAUCCGCUUCAAAUACAUCUUUAGGACUAUGGACAAAAACAUACCUCAUGGCCAUCACGCCUGAGUUCAAAAGUUGAACAGUUUUAGUUAAUGAGGUGAAAAAAAAGUGAUUUAUAUUCACUGGAAAUGUGUGUUCAUGUUUCGAGAUCAGGGUUGUACGCUACUGCCAUCUGGUGAACAUUGAAUAUAACUACUGAGUGGUGAACGCUUUGUGGAUGCCAAUACACUGUAUCUGUUUAUGUAUGAACAGCUGUAUGUAUGUACAGUAUAUAUGUUUACUCAUAUGUUGCGCUUGUCUCCUUUUCAUCCCCAUUUCUCACGCUGUUGCCAGGUUACUGUCCAACUCUGUUGAACGGCUUUACUAUGACUUCCAACACGGGCCUUUGUAUUGGGUAACAAAAUUAAAGACAUUUUAUGACUGUU